ACAGUCUGCCAGUUGGGUCUGGUAGACUGCAGUCCCGACGUCACAGUCAUUGUAGAUCCCGAGGUUGACACUAGUGAUGACCACAAUGAUGACGAUGAUGUUGACAGAGAAACAGACACUGAAGACACCAGGAAUGACAACAAUGUUAUAACAAGAAAGAAUAAGUCGGGUACUGGCAGUACUGGAGGUAUAGUAUCAGGGGUUGUAGUCACUCUCUUCCUUGUCCUGGUCUUGAUAGCGGCGGUAGUUGUGGUAAUCAUCUGCUUCAGAUGGAAGACCAAGCAAAUGGCGGUGAACACCAAACAGGUCAAUAUUAACCAGCACUACGAGUCACACGACAUGCUCCAAGAUGGAGAGAAACAUCUCGAUAACCUUGUGUACAGUUUCGGAAACGACCAGAAAGCUCCGCAGCCUCAAACGGAUAAAGAUCCCAAGGAGCACGACUUUGCGAACCCACUCUACUCUCUGGCAGAGGUUGAGAAGCCUCAGCGCAGCACCAUUGAUAUCUAUUCAGAUGAUGAUCUAGAGUAUGCAGUGCCAGAGAGGAAGGAUAAGGGUACUCAGUCUUCUAGUGAAUUAAACAAUCCCGAACCUGCCUAUGCAUAUGCUGAAAAUGAGUUUGCCUGCAAUGGGACGGUGGUCCAGCACCCAGAGUACGGAGAGGUCAUCCAGCUCACCGGAGACCAGAGGAACCACAUCUACGAGUUUCUCCUCCAGGUCGGCUUCUGCACCAAGGACCAGCUGAAGCUGCACGGAUUCUGA